AUUUGGAGCCUGGACUAUACCACAAGGAAGGCUGGACAAGGCCGUUGCCAAGUGCUUUCACAGACAUCAAUGCAAAAAAAGCAUAGGACUUUACAUUGCUGGCUGAAUUUACUCUGCAGCAUGAUUCUAUCAUGUGUUUCGCAUCGUCUGGUUCAAAUCCACCGGGCCCAGUCGGACUUAGUGUCCUCCGCAACGGCUCCGCCCUCGGAGGUCCAAGGGCGCGUCGACAGAACCCGGACUAUGACAAUGCCGGCGACCCUCAGGUUUAUUAGUGCGAGAACGUGCCCGCCCCGACAUCAACAGCCCUGUGUAAAACGAGAAAACGGGUGCAGAUCACCAUCCUGACUUUCACUAUUCCAAACAAGACACAAGCUCUCAGAGACGUUACAAACACAGAACAGGCGCCGCCAUGACACAAAACGACGAAACAAACUGGCGCCCAAAGGCCAUAGUCUUCGACCUCCUGACCGCCCUCCUCGACUCCUGGAGCCUCUGGGACGCCUCGACCCCCUCAGGGACACCAGAGGAGGGGCGCCGCUGGCGCAAGCAAUACCUCGAGCUCACCUUCGGCGCCGGCGCGUACGCGGCGCCAUCAACCGCAUACGAGACCCUCGUGCGGCAGUCAGCCCGCGACGCCGGGCUCCCGGACUCGGCGCCCGUGGCGCUGCUCCGGGGCUGGGAGCCGGGCCUGCACGCGUGGCCCGAGGUCGCGCGGGUGCUGGCGGCGCUGAGGGGCGGGGGCUACCGGCUCGGCGUGGUGACGAACUGCUCCGCGGAGCUGGGGCGUGCUGCCGUGCGGCGGGCGGAGGAGUGCGUGGGCGGCGGGUUCAGGUUCGACGCUGCUGUCGCGGCCGAGGAGAGCGGGUUUUACAAGCCCGUCAGGGCGGCGUACGAGGCUGUCUACCCCGAGCUUGGUGUCGGCGCGGACGAGGUCCUGUUUGUUGCGGGCAGUGCUGGGGAUGUGCAGGGUGCCACGGACGCUGGGAUGAGGGUCGUCUGGCAUAAUCGCGUUGGGUUGGCUAGGAAGGGGGACGCGGUCGCGAUGAGGGAGGGCAGGACGUUGGACGAUGCGUUGAGGGGCUUCCUGUAG